ACUAAGCAAAAGCAAACAUGGCGGAGGAGGAGACGGCGGCAUCGGAGGAUAAACCUCUGCUCGUCAGGUCCUCGAGUGUCAGUCUCUUCACCGACUGCGUCCAGCAAGGAGUGCAGCAGUUGCUGCCGCUCAGGUUCGAUAAGAACAUUAAGCAGGCUUUUUAUAACACGGGCGCGUUGAUAUUUGUGGCCAUCUCUUGCGGUGCAGCCGUGCUGGUUUAUUUUAUCCUGGAGGCGUUUCUGCGGCCGCUACUCUGGGCCGUACUUUGUGGUACCUUCCUACAUCCCUUCAAGACCACUCUCACUAACCUGGUAAGGAAGUGGCUGGAUGGCCUGCAGGAUUCCCACACGCCUAUCGUCUUGGGCACCCUCAUGCUGCCUAUUUCCUUCGUCAACCAAGGGGUGGAAACGUUGGGCAAUCAAGUAUUGCUGAACCGCAAAAUACUGCUUAUGUUAGCCAUGGGUGCGCCUGUUUUCUCUCUCCUCUACUGCUUCAGCACCUGGGUCGGACUGCGAUUGCUGCUCACUGACACCGGCCGGUUAAUCUCCUUGGGGCUGGAGUAUUUUAGUACAUUGUGGGUCUGGACUCUUGUUGUUGGAUAUGUAUUGGCAGUUUCAUUUAAGUGGAAUACAAAAACAGAGCGUUUUCUUAAAACAAUCUCUGUUCCAGUUUGGACAGUGCUUCUCUUUUACCUAGCAUCAAUUGCUGGAGCUUGGCAAAUUCCAGUUUUUCUGGUGAUAGUCAUUCUGCUGGUAAUGGGAGCAUUUCAGGAAGGGACAGGGGAUGGCACUGGUUUGGAGCUGCUAGGUCAUAUGAUUCAAAUGGUUUUCAGCACUGUCAAUAUGGCAGCAUCAAUGAUAGGAUUCUCAAGUCACCAAGAGGAAAAUCCAGCAAAAGAAUUAUCAGGGUCUGCUGAAUCUAGAGACUUCAGUUCUUCGUCAUCUGCCACCUCCUCUGCCUCCUCAACCUUGUUUACUCCAAUCAGAGUACCAAGGCCUGGAAUUGUGUCAUUUGCCAAAAAGAAGAAAACAAGUGCGAUCUACUUUGUGAUGCUUGUUUGGGCUAUUGCUAUAGUGCAGAUCUGGCUGAAUCUUUGGAUAUUGGAGCUGCUUCCUGUUCCAGUAGCUGUUUGGGGACUUAAGAAAUUGGUCCUACGUUUUGGAUUAAUAAACUUUGCAGAGAGACACAUUAGUAAUUAUUGGAAGAUUCUAUCGGCCUUUGUUAAAGACAGACAAGAUGCUCUAGCUCCAGGACCCAUACGAGGACUUGGAAGAAUUGUUAUAAAAGCUGACAGUAAGAUUAUUUUUUGUCUGGAGAAAUCAUUGGAUAAGUUAAUCAGCGUUUUUAUCAUCUUUUUGUUGGUUAUGGGAACACUACUUCUGGCUCUGCUCCUAACUGCAAAGGUUCAUGAGGAAAGUGUUCACAUCAUCAAAGUCACCAGCAAUCUGAUAAAUGAGACCGUUGCUAACCAUCCGGAAUGGGCAAACUGGCUACCUGAGGCCCAGGUGAUACAGAAGGCACUAAAUUCUGCUGCUAACAAUGUCUACCAGUAUGGAAGAGAGUGGAUAACCCACAAGCUUCAUAAGAUGUUGGGAGACAAGGUGAACAAUACAACAGUUAUAGAGAAGCAAGUUCUGGAGCUCUGGGAUAGGUUAUAUCAAAAUUGGUUUGUAAAGAACGUAACUCAUUCUGGAAGACAUAAGGGGCACAAAUACACUAUCAGUCGGCAGAAUAGUUGGCUUGGAGAUAUAUUAGACUGGCAAGAUGUUGUCUCCUUUAUUCAUGAGAACAUUGAGACAUUUCUUUCCAUACUGGAGUCUUUGUGGAUUGUGAUGAGCCGAAAUGUGAGUUUGCUGUUCACAACUGCCACCACCUUACUGACCGUGUUGUUUCACAGUGGUACCGCGCUCCUCAACUUCGCCCUUUCCUUGGUCAUUUUCUUGACCACACUGUUCUAUCUCUUAAGUUCAAAUGAUGAAUGCUACAAACCAGUGAAGUGGGUGAUUGGUCUGACACCACUUUCCCAGCCAGGCCCUUCUUCCAACAUCGUGGGGCAAUCUGUUGAAGAAGCUAUACGCGGUGUGUUUGAUGCUUCCCUCAAGAUGGCCGCUUUCUACGGGCUUUACACCUGGUUGACUCAUACUGUAUUUGGAAUCAAUAUCGUCUUCAUCCCAUCAGCACUAGCAGCUACUCUUGGAGCAGUCCCAUUUCUAGGAACUUAUUGGGCUGCAAUGCCUGCAGUGAUAGACCUCUGGUUGACACAAGGAGAGAACUUUAUGGCCAUCCUCCUUCUAGUUUGCCAUUUGCUACCAACCUAUUUUGUGGAUACAGCUAUUUAUUCUGAUAUUUCUGGGGGUGGUCACCCAUAUCUCACUGGUUUGGCAGUAGCAGGCGGAGCUUACUACCUUGGCCUAGAAGGUGCGAUCAUUGGCCCUAUACUGUUGUGCAUCCUAGUAGUUGCCUCCAACAUAUACAGUGCUAUGUUGAUGAGUCCAUCAACUGCCUUACCGACUCCUUCCCAGACUCCUUGGCCAUUGCAAAUACAUCGGCCUUUUGGGGAUAGUGCUGAGGAAGUAAAGCCUUCUACUGAGUGACCAUGUGUUUCCUUUUAUUACUGAGACGAGUGUUGGCUCUUCUAUCUGUCGCUUUCCUGCACUGUUCAGAGUUAUGGCCUUCCUGGACAUCCAAAGAUGAAUAUUGUAUUAGCUGCAAUUAGCAGGAAGAUGUCAUUCACACCAGAUGGGCAUAAGGAAUCUGCUUCACAAUAUUUUGCACAUAACUAUCAAGAAUACAAUCCAGAGUUUAUCUUUGUAACUCCUGAACCUUAGUUUUCAUACGAUCUCCAGUUAUUAUAGUUCUUUAGCUGUGUUUGAUAUGAAGAAAGGUUGAAAUGCUGUUUUAAUUUAAUUUUAUUCUUAUGUUCUAAGUGCUUGCUGAAGUAUUGAAAACAUUUUGUAUUGGUUUGUUUACUUUCAGUUCUGUAAAUGUCCAUAACGCCUUGAUAUCUGGGCAGAUGGCCUGAUUAAGCCUUAAAAUUACUCAGCUGACGUAGUCUUUAUAUCCUUCCGCUCAAAAAUCAAAACAACAUUUUUGUGAUUAAAAGUACACAAAUAAUACAGUUAAGUUACUAAAUCUUUCUCUAUUUUGAUGUUCCUGAAUUAUUUCCCUCUUUAAUAGUCACUCCUUGAUUCCUGUUGCUUGAAGUUAUGCAGUGCUUCAGUUUAAUCUACAAUAAUGAUAUUUGAAAUUAUUGUACUGUAAGUAAAAGUUUUACCAGAGAUACUUGGGAUAUAGGACAGUACAGUAGGAUUUCAUGGUAUUUUUGCCACCCAUUCAAAAUGCCCUUAAUUCCCAUAGAGUGUACACUAAAGUUUUUUUGUUGAAUACUUAGUACCACAAUUCCAGUGUUCUGGGUACAAUCCUGACUUCCCGCAUUGUCUGUGUGAAACUGACACAUUCUCCUUGUAACCACGAGGGUUUCUUCCAAGUUUUCUCCUGCAUCACAAAUAUGUGCAGAUUAAUUUGUCAUAAUAACUUGCCCCUUUGUGUAAGUGAAUGUUAUAAUCCAGGGAGAAUAAAUAAAUGAGUGUUCGAUAGUUGGUGAGCAGAUGGUCCUAUUUCUAUAUGGUAUGCCUCUGUAUCUCCUAAAUUGACAAUAGAGGGGAGAAAGAACAGAUUAAAUUUGUGCAACCUCUUACCCAUUUCAGGCAUUUUAAAGAGCACAUGUGGAAAGGGUUUUUCUUCACUUUCUCUCCAUAGCAAGCUUACUGAUAGUAAUUCCAUGCCAAAUGUGUAUCACAAUGAAAUCUCUAACCUAGGCACAUGACAGUGUCCUUGGAAGUUACAUUUACGACUUAAAAGGUGGUGCUGCUAUAUAUUGGAUUGAUUUCAAAUGUUUUUCUUGCAAAUGCUUUAAUGUAUUUUAGGCCACUUUUUAAGUUUGGAUUCACAUUGCCUUGAAUUUGGUAUGGAGCCCACAAGUACAUUCUGGUCAACUCAAUGGGGUGAUAAUAAGUGUGAUUCUUGUAUGUUUCAAUCAUAAUUAAGCACUGACUUACAGUUUAUUUUCAAAGAACUGACAAAUUUUAAGACUAUUGAAUGGAAGGCUGGGAGGAGUUAGACUGAAAUACCAUUUUUUUUUAUAAAUGUUGAAAGAUGAAUAUAUUAAUUUCACAAAAGAAUGUAGACCAAUGCCAAUUUAUUCUCGUCUAUAAAGUUGUAAAAGUAGCAAAAUGAUUUAAUAAGCAGACUAUUCUAUGAUUUAAUUUAGUAAAUGUUAACUUCUGAGGGGAUUUAACAGUCACAAAUUGAUUUGAGGAUUUUAUUCAGAGAUGUAGAGCUAUAUUAUGAAAGGAGAAAAUUAUAUUAAUAUUUUAAAUUUGUUACUCAUCUAUUAUUUUCUGUUUCUAGUCAGACAAUAACUAUAAAGACAUAAAAUCUGUAAACACAUUAUAAUUUGGGGCACUUCUAAUGUAGUUGAAUGCAUUAUUAGGAUUCAGAUGGAAGAACUCAUUUACACUGGCUGUGUUUUUUUUAUUAGCAGACGAUUCCAAUUGGUAAUUUACAAUUUGUAUGGUACACAAUCUGAAAGUUUUGUGUAAAUGUUUGAAUGGUUCAGUUUACAUCAAUUAGUUUAAGUGUCAGGGGUUCCCAGCCUGGGGUCCACGGACCCCUCAGUUAAUGUUAUGGGUCCAUGGCAUUGAAAAAAGGUUGAGAACUCCUGUUAUAGAUGUUCCCUUCUGACUGUAUUAGCAGUGGAUCCUGGCUGAGGAAUUCCAUGUGUGUGAUACUGAUACUGAUACUUAAUUUUGCUUGGUUCAUAUGUAUCAGUAUAUUUGUUAUAAACUUUUUAGGUCAUGAAUUUAUCAUGGUUUCUCCAAAUUAUUUUAAUUGUUUGAUACAUUAUCAUACAAAAAAUAAGAAAUUGUGCUGUUCAGUUAUCUUAUUUGCAAGAGAUUUGAGCUAGCUAAUUGUAACCUGUCUAAACUGAAUGGAUUCAAAAAUAAAGUAUAAAUGAAAUUUU